AUGAACUCCCUGAAUAUCCUGUCUUCCCGAGUGAUAGGACAGGCUCCCAAUUCUAGUACGCGCAGUCGCUCUCACUCACAGGGCGAGGCAUCUCCCGCGAAUCUCCGGAAUGAUCUAGCCAAGGCUCGUUCAUACAGCGAACAGCAGUUUCACUACACCCUUCCGAAAGACGACAAAGAGAUCGACGCUCGUGGAUCGCCAGCGCAAGGAUACUCGUAUGAUGGUACGAUAGGAUAUGACGAAAAGACGCAGCUGCUUAAUCAGUUGCAGAAGACUGCGCCAAACCGGUUCUUCCUAGUUGCCCAGAGACUUUUUGAUGCUAUUUACGAGACAAUCCAGGCUAUCCUUUCCACAAUCGCAGCUCCAGGUGUCUAUGUCGCGCAAACAUUUCGAGAUGACGAUGGUUACUACUCGCCCAUUGUUCCUUUUCGCAAAGUUACCCGAUAUGUAGCGUUCCGCAAUGCGGAGAGUGAGCAUUCAAGAUCCAAGAGGACUACGCUAUCGCAUCGCCAUAAAGAUAACGAGAAAUCUCGGCGAAAUGGUGGUUCGACUCGAAGAUUAAGAAGCACCGCUUCCCAGUCAUCGAUUGCAUCGUCUCAAUCGGAAUCUGAUGGUGAUCAUGACUCCGCCAAACCAAGCACUGACAAAGAAACCCGUGGCAGCAAAAGUAGAUCCCCGGACAAGGAAUCCGCCGCCACAGACACCAAUAAUACCCCGAGAAGGUCUAUUCGCAUUAAACUCAAUAAUGAUGAGUCUCUGAAACGCCAGAAGAGAAGGUCGCAGUUAAAUGAAGCUCCCCAUGAUUCGACAGGUGGUGAGAACACAUCACCAGGUGCAGUCAUCACGGCAGAAAGCUUGAAAUCACCAAUGUCGCAAUCUGCUUCUCAUCACCGGUUUACUAAGUAUCCUCAUGCCCCUGCUCCUCCACGCCCAUUGGUCCCUGUUCGACAGCCUUCUUAUACAAUGCGGACAACGGGACGUCAAGCACCAACCAGAGUUCCUCAAAAGACCCUCGUUCUUGAUCUGGACGAGACACUCAUUCACUCUCUGGCCAAAGGUGGUCGCAUGUCCAGCGGUCACAUGGUAGAAGUCAAGCUCGCAGCUCCAGUAUCGACAACUGGAGACCCUACGACUACACUUGCACCUCAACACCCCAUCCUCUACUACGUACACAAACGACCGCAUUGCGAUGAGUUUCUACGCAAAGUAUGCAAGUGGUAUAAACUCGUUGUCUUCACAGCGAGCGUCCAGGAAUAUGCCGACCCGGUCAUUGACUGGCUCGAGCAAGAGCGCAAGUUUUUCCAGGCUCGUUAUUACAGACAACACUGCACUCUGCGUAAUGACGCAUUCAUCAAGGACUUGAGUUCUGUGGAGCCGGAUUUGAGUAAAGUCAUGAUUCUAGACAAUAGCCCAACGAGUUACAUUUUUCACGAAGAUAAUGCUAUUCCCAUCAAAGGCUGGAUCAGUGAUCCUACCGAUAAUGGCUUACUCAAUCUUAUCCCCAUGCUCGAAGCUCUGCAGUAUGUGACCGAUGUCCGUGCAUUCCUAGCAUUGCGAAGAGGUGAGGCCGAGUCAUAG